AUGUCUUCAAGUCCAAGAAUCAAAAAAACUAAGCGUACUCGCACUGAACCUAAGCUACCAAUAAAUAAACAUAUUCAGACGAAGCCCAUCAAACACUGUCCACUAUGCGAUUUUUCGACAUAUUCACACAUGUUACGCCACAUCGAAAAACGUCAUAUUAAUUUGGUGAGCAACGAUUCAGCUAAGGCUUUGAUAGCAGUUCAGUCGAAAUUCUCAAGUAAAGGUGUCAAGUUGAUUAGGAUGAUGGAUAUCAAAAAAAUUUUUGGUACAUUAUGGUCUUCAAUUGACGCACGGACAAUAGCAUAUAAAAUGUGCAAUCUUGGUCAACUUAUGCCGUGGAACGGUGAGUGGGACAUACCUGGUGAAGUAGAUCCUACAGACCUUGUAACAUCACACCUUACACCCGGAAACUCUGAGUACACUAUAUGGGACAUACCUGGUUUAGUGGAUCCUAUAGACCAUAUAUCAUCACAGCUUACACCUGAAAACUCUGUGUCUCUGAAUGUCGAUGAACCUGAACUCAUUGUUGCUAAUAUUUUAAGGGAACCACCAGUUGUAACAGAACGGUAUAUACACUCCAGUGUGCAAACUCAACGGUUAGAUGCACAGAUACCAUUCGUCAAUGAUCAAAUUAUCUCAACCAAACCAUUGAAUUCGGGACGUAGUCAAACCUUAAGUGUGCUGAAAAUGGCUGGGCUUCGAGAGAAAUUAGCCGAAGACCACAUAUUAAUUGUCCUUUUCCGGGAUGCGAUAAAGGAUAAAUAUAAACCUAGUAAAGUGCAAAACUACCUAGGAACCAUCCGUCGAGUAUUUUUCUAUGUUAAUAAAAAUAUGAAGAAAGCAAGAACACCGCUCAAACAUUGGUCAGAUAUGCUCCUGCAAUAUCAAUUAGUUAUCAACUACUUUGAUGAACAAUUGGCAUACAAUGCAACGAUAUCGACGAUGAGGGCUUACAAAAAACAUAUAUCAUCUUUAUACAAUAAUGCAAUAACAAUUUUCCCUUUUAAUGACGAGUCUUUUCCUGGUGAUCUUCAGGACUCUGCAAAACCAAGCAACUCGUUAGUGUGCCGGUUGGAAGACUCCAUUAGUCACAUAAAACGUCACUUGUGGAUCACCGAAAAAUCAGAUGAACAUUAA